UUACGACAUAGUGGAUUUCAAGCUGUAUUUUAAGCUCUUUUGAAAAAGCACACAAAAAGAGGUAAUAUUGAGGAAAGAUGGAGCAGCAGAUGAGAAACACAAAUAAAUGUUGCUUUCCUUUGAAGUUGUAAUGUCGAACAGUGCCAUUAGCCAAAACUGGCAAAAGUUCGCAGAACCUGGGCCAGAAUACUUAAAUAUUUAUAAAGACAUUUGAAGUCAGGUGCAGAAAAUGGGAACAGAGGACCCUCAGCUGGUCAGUCCAAAGAUGAGGUAUUUGGCUGGGUUAGAAGGCAGUUUGGUCGUGGAAGGACAUGACAAGCUGGGAUUGGACUGUGAUUCUGAAGAUAAAAAACAAAACAUGAAGAACAUGUAGGGGAAACAUUGAUUCUUAUUGGAUAGUGAAUAGUUGGAUAAGAAUACAAAAGUGCUCUUUUUGUCAUAGGGAUGAUGCCCUUCACUGAAGGAUCACAGACAACCAAAAGAACCAUCUCCACAGUGAAACAGGGACAUGGAAGAAUGCUAUGAGGCAGUUGGACAGACACCUGCGGACUGAGAGAGCAGCUGCAAACAUCUGGCCAGCUCUGUAGGUAUUUAUUUACCCAUGGACUAAUGUGAAUUUAAAUGACAUUUAUCUUAAAAUCCUAAUGUAUUUCCUAACUUAUUUUACAUACGUUUCUACAAAUAAUCAUUAGUGAGCUGAGAGUAGUGAGUUGGAUAGCGGUUGUAGUACAUUUGCGCACCCGCUGAACUGUGUAAGUUUAGUCACGUGAUCUCUUAACGAACCACUCAACGGAGCGCUCGUUACCAUGUGACCGGAAACACAAAUUAAUUCCGGUGGUGGACGUUUUGAAAGUAUAUCUCACUUCUUCGUCUCUUGCCAGUUUUAUUCUCAGACAUAGCACUUAAUACGGUUGCAUUUAUGCAACACAUGACCAUCACGGGACCAGGCUCACCAAGUAAUGGCAAAGAGGCGGAAAGAUAAAGCCGGGGAGAUGCACAAAUCUAAGUUGAAGCGUUACCGACGACGACAUGCUGAGCAGUUUCGUUAAUACAAGGACAAAUAAACCAUCAUGGAUGACUCAGACCAGGAUUUUGUAGAUCUCUGCUCAAAGUUGCUGAAGCGAGUCCGCAGGAACCCCGGUGACAUCAAGCCACCGCGGAAAGCAAAGAAUCAGCUCUCUGGUCAGACUAGCGGUGGUGGGAAAAGAUGUGAAAAAAAUAGGAAAUGUGACUCUGGUUUAAAUGUCAUUGGGACCCAGUGUGUGGACAGUGGAACUAUCCAACGGACUGUCUCCCCAACAGCCAAUGGGGAGACAGCAUGUGAUAGAGAUGGUGAAUCUUCAGUCCUUGCAGUAGCAAGACCUGCAGCUGACAGAGGGUUGACAGCAAAAGACAAAGUUCUCCUAAGAAUGCAAGAAUUCAGGAAGCAACGUCCCCCGAAAAUGAAACACAACAGUGAACAUCAGUCGCAAAGACGAGAAGGCUGCAGCUCCCAGGUCACAGAUAGUGAUGAGGCACUGGCCUUAAAGCUACAGCAGGAGCUGGACAGGGAGGCAGCAGAUCUUGGAGACGGAGGUCUUUUCAUUUGUCAGAUUUGCCACAGAGAUGUGUCUCAUAUGACCCCUGAGGGACGGACACAGCAUCUGAACAGGUGUUUAGAUGGGUGUGAAAACAACACCCAAGCCUCACGACCUCCCCCUGGUGUCCUUGAUUGUCCCGUCUGUGGUAAGAAGUUCAAGUCCCAGAAGAGUCGUUCCACACACCUGAAACGCUGCUCUUCGGAUAUGGGUGUGUCUCCGGCUGUGUUGCUGCAAGCGUUGCAGAGGCAGGCUCAGGAAGUGCAAGACGUUCCCGUUGUCAACACAGAUACACAGAGCAAAGGCACUAAAAGGAAAGGCUCCUCAAAGCCAGGCCUUCAGGUGAAGAAGAAACCCAAGAAGACGACAGACCCCCUGGAUGAGGACACCAUGGUGGCUCUGGCUCUCUCCUCCUCCCUGUUGGAGCAGGAGACGAAGACACACGGGGAAGCAGAAACAGAGACUGCAGCCUCUCGUGCCUCCAUGACUUCAGGACUGAAGUGGCGACCCGAUGCAGAUAAAGGACGCAGUAGGAAGAGAAAGGGAGUCAGCCCUAGACCUCCUCCUCUGCUCCUUGUUGCGGAUGCUGAAGCGGCCCUUUUGAGACUGCAGGAACGUGUCUCCGCUAUCCUCCUACGCAGCAGGUCCCCCUCUCCUCCCACUCCUACCCGCUGCCCCACUGGUCUUUCUGGCUUGAGCAGUGUUGCCUCCCUGUGGCAGAAAAGUGCACUGCAGAUCUGCACAUCCAUCUGUGAUUCAAAUUUCUACACCCCUGAGCUCAGUGAGUUCAUCACACCUUGGAAAACAGAAGAGAUUAAAGCAGACUCAUCCAGCGUCAGCUCAGAUCCUUCUCUCCCACCAGCGAGUGAAAGUGUUAAAGCUACGCUAACAGAUACCACUCAGUCCAUGCAGCCAUCUACCUCUCAGACAGCAGCCUGCUCCUCAACUCCUUCCACUCCCGGGACAGGGCAGCUGCCAGUGGGCAGCCAGGCCCUGCGGGACCUGAUGGAGCUGGCUGAAGACGGCAUGACACUGACACAAUGUGGAUACACCUCUAGUGGUUUCAAUAAAGACAAAUCAAGCAUCGACAAACAGUCCGAAAUUCUUCAUCUCAGUGGCUUUGUUCCUGAGGAGGCAGAGGAGCAGGCUCAGCUGUGUGUGAGUGGCUUCCUGCGAGAAACAGCAGACAGGCGUUCAGAGGAUGAUCACAGCCCAGCCCGAAGAAAAUCUGUUCAACUGCAGAGAGAUGAAGAGAAAGGCAGCCAUCGAUCAGCAGCCGUCUCCCGGCUGACAUCUGACCUGAGCUGCAUGGUGAACAACCCUCAGCUCAGUGAUGUGCAGCUCCAGGUGGACUGUGGAGAGGUCUUCUUCGCCCAUUCCUUCAUGAUUUACGCUCGAUGCCCCCUGCUGGCAGAAAUGGUACAUGAAAGUGGAUUUCUGGUGCGGGAGGAAGGAGGGCCGGCUGCUCACAGAGUGUUAAUGAAUGACGUCCCAGGACAGGCAGUGUUUACUCUGCUGCAGUACCUUUACACUGCUAAGUGCUCCUUCCCAGCCUCACUGCAGCCUCACAUGCUUGAACUGGCUUCCAGGUUUGAUUUGCUAGAUCUGCAGCAGCUUUGUGAACGUCAAAGAGAGGAGGCACUGUUUCCAGGAGGUGAGGAUGACUACACACACCCAGAGGAGAACGGCCAUGAGCACGCAGACCAAGCCUUCGAAGAACUCCUUCGCUCCAUGUGGAAUGAAGAGGAUGAGGGUGACGAGGAUGUGGUUUCUGAUAAAGGGAAGGAGGAGGAGAGAUGGAUGAUAGAAGAUCAUCAAAGUGAUGAUGUUACUUCUGCUGAGGCUGAGAUCUGUGAGGAACAAGUGAAUGAAGAAGAGCUGGAGGAGAUUUAUGAAUUUGCUGCCACUCAGAGAAAGAGGGAGGAAGAGGAGGAGGAGGAGGAGGAAGAGGAAAAGGAUAAGGUCAGUGACAAAGUGUUUACAAAACAGACAGAACCCAACACAAAUAACUCUCUGGAUCUGAGCUACAACAGACUCUUCUCAGAAACGUUUGGACUCUGUGAAAAAGACGACAGUUUAUCCCCAACCUCUGCACCAUUAAAGACAAAAACUCCAAAAGAAACUAUACUUCAGUCCUCACCCAGCAUUGUUGAUAAUGUCUCACUCAGCCCAUCACCCAGUACGUCCAAACUGCCCGUUCCAGGGGUCUCCCCUUAUCAGGUGACAGACUGUAGCGGUGAAAGAAACAAUGAAAUUGGUGCUGAAGUCAGUGAACGACGUUAUUCUCCAAAACAAGAAAUCAUAAGUCGUGGCGAUAGUUAUAUGUUUCAUUCUCCAACCAAACAGAAGAGCCCUGAGGUCAUAGUUCUGUCCGACUCAGAUGAAGAAAUGGAGGAAGAAGUCACAGUUCCUACUUCCUGUGUGUUUGUGUCUGUUACAAAGCAACCAAGCUGCAUCCAGGUUGACCCCCAGUCCAGCCCAAAACCCAGUGAACCCACACCACGGAAAACGGUUUCCACUAGUGCAGAGGUUUGUUCAAGUAAUGUCGAUGGUGACCAUGGAGGUGCAGAACGUGAACCAAGUCUGGUAGACUGUUCUCUAGAGGUUUCCUGGCUGAUCCCAUCCACACCACUGCAACACGAGAGAUCCACGAAGACUGACUCCAGCAGGAGCAGCUCCACCCAGACCAACAGCAGCAUGUGCAGGACGCAGCUGUUCCCCAGAGGUGACCGUUCUUCAGUUUCUUCUCCGUUCUCCUCUCCUGCUUUUCCUUCCAACUGUCUCCACAGCUCAAGCAGAGAAACCAGACUUUCUGCCCACACUGGCCAAUCAGCGAGCAGCAUUUCCAGGCUCAAACAAGCAGAGAUUGUCUCUCGUAGCUCUGCCUCGGAUUCCAACAUUACUCUGCAGAAAGCUUGUUCUGAUAAUAACAGAGGAGUUUCACAACACCAGCGUAAGUUUUCACUCCUUUGUCAGCCUAGCCCUACCAUUUUAAACCAGGAUACAGCGCAGCAGGCUCAGAAACAGCCCUACAGUAGCACCCCCCUGCAUACUGAGGUCCAACAUCUGCCUGUCCUUCUUGCUGCUUCUCCACUCACUAUCAAUGUUCAAAAGCUAAGUCCAUCCAGGCAAGAAAAAUAUGGAGAAACUUCAGAGACAACUGAGAUAGGAAGCUUUCAUCUGUCACCCUUGUCAAACCCUUCAGAUCCCCUCACUCCGUCGUCUCACGAAGGUCUUCAUGCUCCACGGGACCAGAACCGAAGUUCCAGUGAAAGUUGUUCUGUAGAGGACAGAGAGUUCAACCAAAGUGGAGGAAAUGAGAAAGAAAAGAGUGAAACAGAGUGUGAAAAUAAAGACACAGAAAAUGAAAGUAACAAAGAAACUGGAGCACCUGAGGACGAAGAAUGCAGUUUUCGACAGAGCUUCAUGGAUGAGCCCCCUAUAGCCUUCAAUGAUUCUUGGGGCCUCGGUGCUUGCACUGAAGCCAACCCUGGCUGCUUCAGCCUGAGGCUGGAGGACAGUGAGGGGUCCAGCCACCAGGAGCACAGUACAGGUCAGAGAGAAACCGCUGCGUCUUCGUCCAUUGAUCGUCCAUCUCCACCAAACUGCGGCACUAAGAUUGACUCCUCCCCAUUUGUAGCCCAGUGUGCACAACCUGACACCAGCAGACGGGCUCACAGAAGCCCCUCCUGUGGUUCAUCACCACUAGACCUGAACAGCAGCCUAAUGGACCCCAAAGCAUGGGACAGCUGGAGGGAUGAGGGUGAGGAGGAGGAGGAAGCUCUUCCUCUGUCUCAAAGACUGAAGCCAUCAGUUCAGUUCAGAACCCCAGUGUCAUCCAAAAAUAAAAGACCAAAGUCCAAGGUGCCCAUCACUCCCAUGGCACACUACUCUGACAUGGACACCCCCGAGCUCAAGAACAAACUCAACCGAUUUGGCGUUCGUCCUUUACCCAAGCGCCAGAUGAUCCUCAAACUGAAGGAGAUCCACCAGUAUACACACCAGCUGGUGAGCUCAGACUCUGAAGAUGAGGCAGCCUGUGUAGGUCAAACCGUUCAAGUGAAGACCACUUCAGCUCUUGCCGCGAGCAGGCCAGUGACCUGCGGUCAGAAGGUGAAGUUUAAAGAGCCUAGAGCACCUGCUGCUGUCUCCCCUGUGAAACACAGAGGAGCAGAGGAGGAAGGAGAGCUGCUGUCUGCCUCCCAGGGCUCCAACACCUCUUCAACAGCUGCCAGUGAGGAGUCUGAAAGGUCCAACCCAGAGUUGUGCCCGUCUUCUGAUGGAGACUCAGACAGUGAUGGAGGGGUCUCAGCCUCCCAGGCUGCUUCUAAACUACAGAGCCGCCUCCAGGCUGUGCGCUCCUUCAUCCUGGCAGACUCUGAGCUGUACAACCAGAUCCUCCAGUACCAGCCCCUGGUUCUGUCUCAACUCCAAGGGCGUCUCAAAGAGGCUGGGAUUCGCCUGGGUGCAGCCAAGCUGGUGGACUACCUGGACUCUCUGUGCAUCACUUUCACCACAGCCAAACCGGGCCAUGCUGCUCCCGGCCGCGGCCGCAGGAAGAAGGCAAAGGUAGGGGUUGAAAAAGGAAGGGGCAGAAAAAAAGCAGUUUCGUCUGCACUUUAAAAGACGGUUUUAAUUCAGUGUUUAAAUGUGGAGUAAAAUGAAUUUCUGAGAAGUGAACCUUUUAAUAAUAAUGAAGAGUAAAAAAGAGUUUGUGUAGCUUUUACCUUAAACCAUUGUUUGAAAUCGUAAAAUGUGUUUUUUCCAUACACCUAUCGAGUAGAUUGUUUUAAAUGCUGAACUCUGACUGAAAAUAAAAUGGUCAAAGUUGAA